GUCAGGAGCAAGAUCUCACAGAUCCAUACCUUCACAAUGCGCUCGGUAGCCCUACUACUGGCCGCAGCCCUCCCGGCCCUAGCCACAAGCACUGCCAACAGCGACGCAGUAGCCGUGUGCGAGUACUUGCAUACCACCUACCCCCAAUACACCGUCUGGGAUCCCACCGGCCCCGAUGCUCUUCAGACCUUCUGGAAUCAAUCCUACUAUACGAACGCGGUGACCGAGUACUGGAACGGAGUCAACGCGGAGAACCGACCCGCCUGCACCUUCUUCCCCGCCAACGCGCAGCAAGUGGCUGCCGCGGUGCAGCAACUGAACCAGCAUCCGGACGCCCCCUUUGCCCUGAAAUCCGGCGGCCACAACUUCAACGUCGGGUUCUCCAGCACCAAAGGUGGCGUGCUGAUCUCCUUCCACGAGAACCUCUCCUCGACCACCCGCAACCCCGACGGACAGACCUUCGACGUCGGGCCCGGCGCACGCUGGGGCGAUGUCUACGCCGUGGCCGAAAAGACCAACCAAGUGCUGGUCGGCGGACGACUGGCUAACAUCGGAGUAGCGGGUUUCACUCUCGGGGGUGGAUUGUCCUACUACUCCGCCCAAUACGGCCUAACCUGCGACAACGUCGUCAACUACGAAGUGGUCCUCCCGAACGCGACCAUCGUCAACGCAAACCGCACCUCCCACCCAGACCUCUGGUGGGCCCUGCGCGGAGGCGGGAACCGCUUCGGGAUCGUCACCAAAUUCACCUUCCAAGCGCACCCGCUCGGGGACGACGGCAAGAUCUGGGGCGGGGUUAAGGUAUACACAGCCGAUAAACGCACCGCCAUCUUUGAAGCCCUAGCGGAAUUCAUCCGCGACUACCCGGACGCCAAAGCGGCGGUGAUCCCGACCUUCGACUUCGGGCUGCCGGGCGCCCUCAUCUCCAACCCGAUGCUGUUCUUCUUCUACGACGGCCGCACACCCAGCGCCGGCGCAUUCGCGGGACUGGACAAGAUCGAGGCGCUGAUCGACGGCACCAAACCAACCACUUACACCGAGCUGACUAACGAGGCCGGCGGGGCCAAGAUCUACGGGAUCAAGGCCGCGGCGCGCGUGAACACCUUCCCCAACCUCGACCCGAAGAAUCUGUCCUCCCUGCUGGAGGCGCACUGGUCGACGUACCAGUCCAUGAUCCGGAAUGACUCCUCCCGGGAUCUCGAUAUUCAGAUCGGCACGUUCACGCCGCAGCCGCUCUCGGUGCGGAUCGCCAACGCCUCGCAGGCGCGCGGCGGCAAUGCCCUCGGCUUGGACCCCCGCCACGGCGAUAGGUUCUGGGUCGAGAAUGAUCUGAUCUGGGUGAAUGAUCACUGCAACGAGGCGUGUCCCGGGUAUUUGAGGGAGGUUGCGGAUCGCGUGAAUGUCGUGUUCGAUGAGACGCUGCGUGGGGCAAAGCCCACGAAUUACCAGUCCGGGGAUGUGGAUUUCAUUUCGGUCAAUCCGUUGUUCAUGAACGAUGCGGCAGAUUAUCAGGAUGUGUAUGCCAGCUACGGGGCGGAGAACCAGGCGCGGUUGGAGCGGAUCGCCAAGGCGUAUGAUCCCAACAGGUUCAUGUUCCGGCAAGGGGGGUGGAAGUUCUGAGUCUUGGUUAGGUGAGGUGUUUGUUGGGAUCAUCCUGCAUUAGCUUCAGGGUGUAAUCUUGGGUUCUGCACUCGUGACGAAAGAGAACCCAGGCUAAGAGGGUGAGAAUGAAGGAUUCUGCUAGGGCUUUGGAACUGGUUUUUC